AUGAGCUUCGCAGAACCAGAAGGACGACCAGCCAAGAAAAGGAGGUUUUUCGAAGAGAAAUCUAACCUGCUUGAUGCUUCAUUGACUUCCAGUGCCUCUCUGCCGGACGAAAUCGACGCGUUUCCUGGAACAUCCUCAACGGACGCCUACGAUGGCAACCAAUACAGUAUCAAGAAAGAGGACCCAGAAUCAUUGGACUCAUUCCAAGAUGACUUCACGCGAGAUAUCAAGCCUCUUUCCGGGUUUGAUAAGCAGACGUUCGAAAGCUUUAUUGGGGAUAAGGUCUCGUCAGAUAUACUAGGUCGCUUAAGAGAAGCUUGUGGAAGCGACAUUGAAAGAGCUGUGAAUAUGUACUUCGAUGGUUCAUGGCGAAACUUCAAGAAAGAGAAGAUUGGGAAUAGCUCGAGCACUGGGGUCAUGUCUGUCAAUGCAUUUACGAAAUCAUUGCCCAUCGUCGAGAAAAACAACACCGCCACAAAGCGAUCCGAAACAGAAGUUUUUGCAGAUAUCACUCCGGCUCUUAGAGACUCCAUGCCGGAGCAUCGUUAUAUUGGAGCUUUUGGAGUUGGGGGCUGGGCAACUACGAGUGGCACAAACCUAAUUAAGCAUGGUGAGGUUGUCCGCAUCGACAGGCAGAAAAUUCAACCCAUGAGGACUCCUAUAUCCAAAGGCAGAGGAAGAACCGCUGUAAAUCAGCCACCACCCAAAGCGAACACCGCUGCCGGCAAACGGGUAGACGUGAUUGUACGCUUCACAAAUUCGAAGGGCAGUGAAAUUGGAAGAUUGCCUAGAGAAACAGCGAACUGGGUUUCGACGUUAAUGGACCAGAAGGUUUGCAGAUUUGAAGGGACAUGCGUCUAUGCUCCUGAACGCAUUCGAACGAAUGACACAAUAUUCUUACAACUAAGAUGCUCACUACUACGGACCGCGUUCGAUAACGCGGGGUUUAGUAUGCCAGAUAAUAGAGCCACGGGUAUGUUUGAAGAGAAGGAGACCUCAGAAGAAAAAGAGUUACGUUUGCGUCAAGUAGCCCUCGUCAAACUUUUCGACGAAGUAAAUCUUCUACCAUCGAAGACAUCUGCCACGACAGCCAAACAUAAACGAGAAGGGCUACUUCAGGCCGCUGAAGUCGCUGAGCAGUAUGAGAGAUCCAAGGCAAAGGAUGUAAAGGUUGAAUCCAAAGAGGUUGUGAGUCUCUCCCCUCCAUCAGAAGAAGCAGAGGAUGGGAAGGAACUUGAGCAAGACCAGUUGGACGCGCUUUACAAAAAAGCACAAUCGUUCGAUUUUAAUGCCCCAGCUGCAGAGCCUGCAGCAACCUUUGCAAUGGAUUUACGGCAAUAUCAGAAACAAGCACUACACUGGAUGAUGUCGAAAGAGAAGGAUGAAAAGAACAGUGAUCGAGAAGUGUCUAUGCAUCCACUAUGGGAAGAAUAUGCAUGGCCAAUUCGGGAUAUGGACGAUAAAGACCUUCCGGGUGUCAGAGGUCAAGAUUCACUUUAUGUGAAUCCCUAUAGCGGCGAGUUAUCUUUGAGAUUCCCAGUGCAAGAACAGAAUUGCUUGGGAGGAAUCUUGGCCGAUGAGAUGGGACUGGGUAAGACAAUUGAGAUGAUGAGUCUGAUUCAUUCACAUAAGUCUGAUGUCUGGCAAAACAUGGUUAACCCAACUGCUGUCACUGCAUCGGUCAACAAUCUGCCUAGGUUACCUGUGAAUUCCGGCAAUGUAGAGUCAGCGCCAUGUACAACUCUCGUUGUGGCCCCUAUGUCACUGUUGGCACAGUGGCAAAGUGAAGCCGAAAACGCUUCAAAGGAUGGCACAUUGAAGAGCAUGGUGUACUAUGGUAAUGAGAAAAAUGCGGAUCUUCAAGCAUUAUGUUGCGAGAAGAAUGCUGCUUCUGCUCCAAAUGUCAUUAUUACCAGCUAUGGUGUCAUUCUCUCAGAAUUCAACAAAGUGGCAGCGAAUGGCGGCAACAGGGCCGCCCAUGGAGGCCUCUUUUCCUUGAAAUAUUUUCGCGUUAUAUUGGACGAAGCUCAUCAUAUCAAGAAUCGUCAAAGCAAAACUGCUCGGGCAUGCUAUGAGAUCGACGCAGAGCACCGAUGGGUGCUGACCGGCACUCCUAUCGUAAACAGGCUAGAAGACUUAUUCAGUCUGGUCCGUUUCCUUAGAGUUGAGCCGUGGAGUAACUUCUCAUUCUGGAAGACAUUCAUCACUGUGCCUUUUGAGUCCAAGGAUUUUAUGCGAGCGCUUGAUGUUGUCCAGACUGUCCUCGAGCCGCUCGUUCUUAGAAGAACAAAGGACAUGAAGACACCUGCGGGCGAGGCCCUUGUCCCUCUGCCACUAAAGACCAUCAACAUUGUUGAUAUCGAGCUAUCACAGCCAGAGCGUGAGGUGUACGACCAUAUAUUCACGCGCGCGAAGCGAAACCUUGCGGCAAACAUGGAAGCUGGCACUGUAAUGAAGGCUUACACGAGCAUCUUUGCUCAGAUUUUACGGCUACGCCAAUCUUGUUGCCAUCCUAUUUUGACAAGAAAUCAGAAUCUUGUGGCGGAUGAAGAGGAUGCCGCUGUGGUUGCUGAUGCCGCGAGUGGGAUGGCUGAUGAUAUGGACCUUCAGUCUCUGAUCGAACGCUUCACUGCAGAAACGGACGACUCUGCGGACGCGAAUGCAUUCGGCGCACAUGUUCUUGAGCAGAUUCGUGACGAAGCAGAGAACGAAUGUCCUAUCUGCGCCGAGGAGCCUAUGAUUGAGCAAACAGUGACAGGUUGUUGGCACUCAGCCUGCAAAAAAUGUCUUCUGGAUUACAUCAAUCAUCAGACCGAUAAAAAUGAGAUUCCUCGGUGUUUCUCCUGCUGCGAAGUUCUAAAUACCCGCGAUAUCUUUGAGGUAGUUCGCGAUGAUGGCCACCCCGACAGCAAAAUAACUUUGCAGCGUCUUGGAUCGAAUUCUUCAGCAAAAGUCGGCGCCCUGCUAACUUCGCUCAAAACCUUGCGCAACGAGAAGCCGAGGACGAAAACGGUGGUUUUCUCUCAAUUCACAUCAUUUCUUUCCCUGAUCGAGCCUGCGCUCACGAGGGCAGCCAUCCCAUUUCUUCGACUAGAUGGAACCAUGGCUCAGAAAGCCCGAACAGCAGUUUUGAAGGAUUUUUCCGCUUCAAAGAAAGGAGUCGUCCUACUUCUUAGUUUAAGAGCUGGUGGAGUUGGCUUGAAUUUGACAAUGGCUAAGAGAGUUUACAUGAUGGAUCCGUGGUGGAGUUUUGCGGUUGAGGCGCAGGCUAUCGAUCGUGUUCAUAGAAUGGGUCAGACGGAUGAGGUGUUGGUCAGUAGAUUCAUCGUUAAGGAUAGCAUUGAGGAGAAGAUGUUAAAGAUUCAGGAUAGAAAGAAGUUCAUUGCGAGCUCUUUGGGGAUGAUGAGUGACGAGGAGAAGAAACUGCAGAGGAUUGAGGAUAUCAAGGAGUUGCUAUCGUGA